GGAGGCAGCUGAAAUCCCAAACUUAAAAAAAAAAGUGGAAAUACUGCCAAAAGCAAUGAAAAUCAGGCUUGGUCAUGGAAGCACAAGUAGAGAGACAGCACCAUACAAACCAGUGCUGUGGAAAAGUCCAGAAAGAAAAUAAAAUGAGAGAAUCCAAGAGAAUGAAGAUAAGUAUUUGAGGCAAGCUUUAUUCAUCAACGACAAAACAUUGACUAAGGAGAGAAGUAAGACCUUAGGAGAAGCAUUUAAUAUGGCCACAAACCCAGUGCCCUCAAGAAAAGUAUCCCAUACAUGUGACUCCUUUGGAAUAAGCUUGAAAAGUGUUUCAGAAUUAAUUAUUAGUAAUAGAAGCCAUGUAAGAAAAAUGUCUGAUGAUUUCAGUGGAUGUGGAUUCCUUGAUUCUAUGCAUCAGAAAACUCAUACAGGGAACAAACCCUGUGAAAAUGAUCAAAAGAGGAAAUCCCACAGUCAUAAUGAGGACUUUAUUCAACAUCAGAAUAUUUCAGCUCUGGAGCAACUUCUUGAAUAUAAUAAUUGUGGGAAAGCCUUUCACAAUAAAACAGCUUUCCUUACAUGUAAGAGACCUCACACAGGACAGAAACCCUCUGAAGGUAAUGAAUACGGAUGAGCCUUCAGGCAAAAGUUAAAACUCAAUGUUUGUCUGAGAACCCUUCGAGAAAGGAAGCCACGUGAAUCCAGUAAAAAUGGGAAAUCCUCAUGCAUGAAGUUAAAACGUGCACAUCAGAGAACUCACAUAGGGGAGAAAUACUAUGAAUGUAAUAAAUUGGGAAAAUCCUUUAGCAAAAAUUCAAACCUUACUCAACAUCAGAGAAUGCACACUGGAGGAAAAUCUGAUGAGUGUAACAAAAGUGAGGAAGCUUUGUGGAAGUCAUGCCACAAUCACAAUGAGAGGACUCACACAGGAGAGAAAAUUUAUGACUGUAAUAAAUGUGGGAAAUCCUUCCAUGGAAAGUCACACCUUACACAACAUCAGAGAAUUCACACAAGAAAAACCCAGUAAGUGUAAUGAUAAUGAGAGAGCCAAAAAGAAGGAGUCACAUCUCACUCUAAAUCAGAGAACUAACACAAGAGAGAAAAGCUGUAGAGGUAGUAAAUGUGAGAAAUCCUCCUGCAAGAAGUUGAAACUCACUCAACAUCAGAAAACGCACUUGAGGAAAAGAACCGAUGAGUGUAAUGAAAGUGGGACGGCCUUCAGUAAGAAGUCACACCUCACUCAACAUCUGAGAGCUCACAAAGGAAAGAAAACCUAUACCUGUAGUAAAUGUGGGAAAAGCUUCCAUAAGAAAAUAGGCCUGACUCAACAUCAGAGCACACACAUGGGAGAAAAACCCUAUGAAUGUAACGAAUGUGGAAAGUCCUUCUUUGUGAAGUCCAACCUAACUGAACAUCAGAGUUCUCACACAGGAGAAAAACCCUAUGAAUGUAGAGAAUGUGGAAGGUCCUUCUGCCAGAAGUCACCCUUCAUGGUGCAUCAGAGAACUCACACGGGAGAGAAGCCGUAUAAAUGUAGUGAAUGUGGGAAAACCUUCUGUGUGAAAUCAAACCUCACUCAACAUCAAAGGACCCACACUGGAGAGAAACCCUAUAAAUGUAAUGAAUGCUGGAGAUCUUUCUGUGUGAAGUCCAACCUUGUACAUCAGAGAACUCAUACAGGAGAGAAGCCCUACUGAUGUCCCGAAUGUGGGAAAACUUUCUGUGAAAAGUCAGCUCUCACGAACCAUCAGAGAAUUCACACAGAGGAAAAACCCUGUGAAGGUAAUGAAUGUAUAAAAACCUUCAGCCAGCGGUCAGCCCUCACCAAACAUCAAAGAAAAACACACAAGAAGAAAACUCUCCUCAACACUCUCCAUGGGCAGAAGCCUUCAUUGACAAGUCAGACUCAUUGAACAUCAGCAGAAUCAUGGGGCAGAAAUGCUAAGAUGUCAGGCAUGUAGGAAAGUCUUUACCAAUAGAACCUUUAUCAAUAGAACUUUACCAAUAGGUUCUAGCUAAUUGGAAUUGGAGAAGCAAUAUAGCAGUGAAACCUUAUGAAUGCUUUGAACUUGUGAAAGCUUUCAACAAGUAUUCAGAGACAUUGAGGGGAAAUAUACUAUUUUAAGGAAUAUGGAUUAAAAUGUUCUUGUGGAAAUAUUGUUUAACUAGAAGUCAUAUUUCAGAUGUGACACCCAACUUAUUACAGAAAAGAUAACAAGAAAUAGUCUGUUCUUAGUAGAAUGUUAAAUGUAGAGCUUUUGUAAAUGCAUGAACAAUUUUCAUUGACACAACAGCCUUAAAUAUAUAUAUGAAGACUUUCUGAGGUAUAUUGGGCUAUACAUAGGUAUAUAGUACAUGAGUGUGAGAUAUAACAUGAAUUAUGUGUAUGUUGGGUUUGCAUUUGGGAACCCACCACUGUCUCUGAAUCUAGCAAUACAUUAACACUAUAAGUAAAAACUGACCAGUCAUGUAACCUGUGGCCCAACAAUUCCACUUCUAGAUAUGUACCCUAAAACAUUAGUUCUCAACUGGGCAUCCUAAAGGGUGUUUGGAAAUAUUGGGAUGGUUUGGUAGUCACUAUGACUGAGGGUGCUACAGGUGUUUAGUAGGUGGGAGGGCCAAAGAUGCUAGAUGCCCUGCAAUGUGUCUGAGAAAGGACAGGAAGAAGAGGCUCAUCCAGAAUGCCAGUAGCUCCAUCGCAGAAAAACACCGCCCUAGAGAAACUGGCACAUCUGCACCCACAGACAUUAUAAGA